UGCACCCGUCGUAGUCUGUCAGUAGCGCUAACAUGAACCGGACCUGGGAGGAGAUAAUGCAGUGGAUUAACGGCUACAGGACAAUCGGACUUUAUGAGUAUAAUCACAUUAUUUCAUGAAGGAGACGGGUACUGGCCUCCUGCGAGUCUUGGUCAGCCCCUCAGGGUGAGCAUUACGGCUUCAUUUCAUCAUCACAGCGUCGCUGAAGCAAGGUGGUGUCACUGUGAAGGACCUUAGUGUGGUGGUGGGGCAGGAGCACGCAGCUCAGGAAGAUGGCAUCACCAUUUGUGCCUGUCCCUGUGCCCUUGGACAGAGCAGGGGGUAGCAGCAAGCUGAGACGGCCACAGCGAGCUUCAUCACUAGGAAGCGUCUCCACCUCCUCAGCCGGGGAGGACCAUGGAAGAGGAUGUGGAGGAUUAGGCUCCCAGCGCCAAUCUCGCUGCGUGGACAGAGGCAGCCGGAGCAGGACACCACCACCCCUCCAGAGCCCUGUGGUACGGGCCAGGGUAAACGGGACUCUGGACACCUCUGUGGAGUACUCCAGCUGUCCCCGCUCUAUAUCGGAUCCUGCUGGGAGCCAGCAAGGAGAGGAGAGGCCUAUUACCCCGACUGUGCUCGGGUAUGAGGUCAUGGAGGAGAGGGCUAAGUUCACGGUAUUUAAAGUCCUGGUCAAGAAGACUCCAGAUGAGAGCUGGGUUGUUUUUAGAAGGUACACAGACUUCUCCAGACUCAAUGACAAGCUGAAGGAGAUGUUCCCAGGCUUCCGGCUCUCGCUGCCUCCCAAGCGGUGGUUCAAAGACAACUAUGACAGCGACUUCCUGGAAGACAGACAGUUGGGACUGCAGGCCUUUAUGCAAAACUUGGUUGCACACAAGGACAUUGCCAACUGCCUGGCAGUGAGAGAGUUUCUGUGUCUGGAUGACCCACCUGGGCCUUUUGAUAGUCUGGAGGAGAGCAGAGCGUUCUGUGAGACUCUGGAGGAGAGCAACUAUCGUCUCCAGAAGGAGCUGCUAGAGAAGCAGAAGGAGAUUGCCUCCCUGAAGAGGAGACUGGAGGAGAGGGAGCAAGCCAUCCUGCUACUGGAGAAACAUAUCAAUGGCGAGUGUCUGAGCCCAGAGUCUCUGUGCGGUCUGUCAGCUCAGGGCAGUGAGAGCAGUGCAGAUGCAGAUGCAGAUGUGGAGUCGUCUGCUGCAGAGGCUGAUCAAGAUGUGCCUGAUGACACUGGUGGCAGGUGUGAAGUCCAACCGGUGCGAUCCUCCGCCUGUUGGUGUGGGCCCUCACUCAGCACCUCGCCUCCGGUCAUCCAGGUCACUCAGCUUUACCACCAGAAGCUGGAACAAUAACAAUGAGCACUGGACCUCCUCUUCUCCAUUUUCCCUUUGUCCUUCAUCUCCUCCUCCCCUACCAGACCACUCUACCCUCCUGUUGUGUUUGAGUGCUAUUCCAUACCCUAUGUUUGCUUUUUCUGCCCUGUCCCUAAUCAUUCCCUGCUCCCACCACAACUCCCAUUUCACCUUUUCACCUUCCAUAUUGUAGCCGCUGUUUCACCUUCCAGUCUUGGAGUUGGAUUGGAAGCAGCCUUUAUCUCAAGAUCUGUAUAUAAGUUAAAAGGGAACAGUUUUUCCUGCAGCAGCCUGUUUCAUUUAUAUUCCCCCUUUACAAUGGGUCAUGGGAUAUUUUAUCCAGCCCAUACAGAAGACUUCAUUCUGAAGACCUUGUGCAACUAAGGAUUAUUUCUGGCAUUACGUGGCUCCACUCCUUUAAACCUCAGAGUUUAAGUUGUCUUAAACUGUGUGGGGAUUUCUCAGCUCUGCUCGUUCACUUUUGACCCUCGCACCGCAGCCGCCAGAUUGAUCCUUUGGACACAAAGCCAAAGUUUGGCAACUUGACCAAAAAAAAAAGAUAACUUGAAGACAUUCACAACUGUGACAAUCUACAGAAAACUCGAACCAUUGUCUCAUCAGUUUCUGCAGACGUGCAUCACCUUAUGAUUUGCUACUUGUGACAGCAGGCCCUCUUCUGAAACCAGAGAAACAACACCCCCAUGUGGAUACUGAAAUAAGGGAAAGAACCUGGAUAAAUUAAAUGUCUCAGAUUUCACAUUGGUGAUUAGGUGGGUGUCACAGAGGACUGAUAACUUCGUGUUUGCAGGCACUUCCAUGUCAUUGCUUAGUACUGCCAUUGACUCUCAUUGAGGCUACAGGCAGACCUUGAGAAACUUCAUUGUAUUUGCACUUUCGGUUUGCAUCUAAAAGUCUAGAUUCCCUCACGUUCUAGUGCCAUGUGUGAUUUCUGUUUAAGUCCCCGGAGAGACCUUAAUAUCUGUAAUGUACUCCACUGAGAGAGAGACGAGGAAAUGUGGCCUAACUUGAGGAAUGUAAUGUACACUAUCACGUCAUUCCCCUGUCACAUGUGUCAGUUUGCUUUUACACAUUUACUAUGCCAAUUUAAGUCCAUAAAUAUUUACAACAUUUAACCUCUAUUGGCACAUUGCCUGUUAAUGUAAAAGUGUUGACUGGGCCUGGACUACUGGUCUACAGAGAUGGUGUGAUGUAGGUAUAAUUAAAAGAUCAUUUCACCCACUUGAUAGAACAUCAUAUUUUUCUACUCACCCCUAGUGGUGUGUGGCAAUGCAGAUACUUUUGGUUUUACCUGCUGAGGACUUUAAGAUAUCAACCCAUGUGAUUUAUCCCUUUAUCUUGAUACAAUAUAAGUGAAUGGGAUUUUGUUUUUGGUGCGACACGACAGUUGUCAGUGGAACCCCCAUCUACAGAAAAAUAAUCCCCCUCGACAGGGCCAUCUGGAGGUAACGUCCCUUGACCUCCAUCACACUGGGACAGGAAGCAGACACUUUACAGCCAGACAUCUAAAAAAUCUCUGCACAUAAAACCAAAACUAUCCGCGAAAGUAGGAGAGGAUGUAUUUUGUACUUAAGAUCAACUGACCUUUUAAGGAACUUAGUUAUUUAUUUUAAGAUGAACCUCAGCUUCAGUCGAGUAAUGCAGAAAGAAGCCCCCCGCUAUAUCACCGUGGUGCUAAUUAACCUGAAGUAAAUCCAAAGGUUAUGAUAUGAGAGAUUAAUGAGUCACAGUUCUAAAAGUUUAAUUUUAACAACACAGCCUUGUUUUCAAGAUAUGAAUGCCAUUGAAAAUAAGAAGCAGAACCAUCAUACUGGUAUUUCAGGAUUAACUGGGUGACAAAGGUGACUGAAACACUCACCAGACUGUUACCAGGCCUACACAUCAUCCACUAAAGCCAUAUUUUUAAACGUCAAUAAAACUACAGAGGCAGAGGUUUUACAUGUGCGCUGACCAGCUGUUGUUUUCUCGCUGUGAUGAUGAGUUAAUGAAGUGUAAAGUAACAACAGCUAAUGUUGAAUCAUCUCAAACUAGGCCUGAAAAGGGGUCACGUGAUGCACUUUAUGGAUGAAUGGCAACCCAUAAUGUUUGCUAGGAUUUGGUUUUUACUGCUUUGUUUGAGACAGAAACGUGCCUUUUCAACCACUGAAUCUGUCUUGAUUCCCAGCUGGAUCUAAUGUGUCAAUAUGGGAUUAAUAUAUAUGGAGUUUUGUCAAUGUUUUUUUCUGUAUAUUCACUUCACAUAAUUCUAAGUGCCUUGAACAUCUUUCACCUAACUUUGCUUUUGAUGUGUUUAAAUAGCUUUAUAGAUUUGUGUAGAACAUGAAACAAUUCCACUUUGUUCCUCUGAUGGAAAUUAUGUUUUAAAUGACACUCGUAUGUGUAUGUCGUUGCUUGGAAUAGACUGAACCGACGUGGUUUUGUAUAAUGAUAUGAAUAAUAUGAAGUUCACAUAUACACCUGUAGUUGCACUAUGAAAGACUUGUAUGAAUAACACUUGGUAUCUCUAUUAAUGAGCUGGAUUUAAAGGGAUAAUUCACUGAGAAAUCUGGUCUGAAAUGAAUACUGUAGAUACUGUAACACAUGCUAUAGCAGAGAUGUUUAACAGAAAUUUUUAAUUCACACCCAAUUAAACAUGGAAUGAUAUAUUGAA